AUGGAGCAGAAUCGCUUGCUCCAGCUGGCAGAAGGGCUCUACAGGCGACACCUCGGCGCCCUGUCGUCUUCCUAUGUCCAGCAAGCCACCUGGUUCAGACAGAUCUGCGAGCGGUGCUUCACGCCCCUGCAGCGCGAGGCGCGGACAAGACUUUCUAGCCGUCAGAUGCCAGUGCAUGGAAGCUCACGGGAUAUGCUUGAGGCCUUGCGUCUGCCAAAGGGACUCAUGCAGCCGCAGCCGGCGCCCAGCGGAGCAUCGAGGGUAAACGGCUCCUCCGCCGGAAUCAGCUCGCUGAAGCCAGCGACAGGCUUUGAGUGCCCUCCUGGCGCAGCUCGGCAAAGGUCGGGCAGAAGUCUGACGCCGGAAGCAGUGUCCAGGUUGCUGGCUUACGACCUCAACUCUGUGUCGUGCCAGAUCCUGGAGCUGUGGCACCAGGUUCUAAACGUUUUGUCCUUCGGCUACCGGGAAAUUUCUUCCAUGCUCCGCACGCAGUGGGAGGAGCGCAUCAUUGACCAGUGGUCUGUUUCCAUCAUUCGGGAGAAGAUGAGCGCCAACUUGGCUGAGCCGGACAACAAGUCUGUAGGCUCAGAGGGCUCACAGCCUCGAGUCAACGCCCAAAAGCUUCGUCUUGAGCGUGAUACUCUGGAGGAUACGACCCUGCUUCCUCCUAUUGAGCAGCGGCCAGUUCUCUUCGACCAGCGCUCCGUCGCCAGCAUGGACACUCAGGGAAUGAAGGACGCACUGCACCCCAGUAUCUGGGAGUCCCGUGUUCCUUCGGCUCCGAAGCAGUACCGUGGCGUGCACCUUUUCGUGCUUUGCCACGGCUUCCAGGGGAAUUCCUUUGAUAUGCGGCUUAUGAAGAACAACAUCGCCCUGCUCUAUCCGGAUGCCAUCUUCCUCUGCUCCCAGUCCAAUGAGGACUGCAAUCCUGACAACACGGAGGGUGACUUCUCGGAAAUGGGUAUCCGCCUUGCCCAGGAGGCCUCUGCCAGUCCCAGCUGGGUCUCGUCCCUCAGCCCCAAGAAUUCUCAAGCCGUUGGGCCCGGAACGAAGGAAGAGCCAAGAGCGCAGCGACAGGUCUCGAACUUCAUCUGCGACUGGUGCCCUGGCUCGGCUUUGGGCCGCCUGAGCUUCAUCGCUCACUCCAUCGGCCCGGACCUUAGUUCGAAUGUUCGGGCUUUGGAAGUUGAGCAAUUCGGCGGGAGGCGAGUCGAGUACUGGGUGCAAGAAUCAUUCGGGGUAGGUGUCGUCACUCGGGCAGGCGGCCUCAUCGUCCGCUCCGCCAUUCCGCACCUUCAGGAAUUCAAGGACAAGAUGUUCACCUUCAUUACUUUUUCCUCGCCGCACGUGGGCUAUUUCUUGAAGAACAUCAGCUUGUUCCACCUUGGCCUCAAGGUGCUGCAAUCCUGGCGUGGAUCGCAAUGCCUCACGCAGCUCUCCAUGGCAGAUGCGGAUGAUCCCAGGCAGACCAUGAUAUACAAGCCGCCUGGCCUAUUCAGAAUUCAGUACUUUCAGAAUGUCGUGCUGGUCUCCUGUGCGAGUGAUAGCUACGGGCCUUUCGACUCUGCGCGGGUCGAAAUUGGCAACAUGCUGGGGAUGCACACAUCCCAGCAGGCAUACCAGGAAAUUGUCCAGAAUCUUUGGAAGAACGUGAAACCCGAGAGGGUGUUCCGCUUUGACGUUAACUUCCACAUCCCGGCAGCUCGGUUAGAGAGAAACCUAGCACUCUGA